GUUGGUUCCGAUCUCUUUGUUCUUUUUGGAACUGUAAUCCAAGUCGAGUUUAUGAGUAACAAAUGCAUUUCUACCUGCAUUCUACCUGCCACUGUGAUCUAUUAGUGUGUAGUUGUUUGUGUUUUCGAACCAUGAGUUUGUAGCUCAUUGAAAUAUGCUGGAGUAUUGCAAUUGUUAUUGGUGGAUUCCAAAUGUGUGGCAAGGCAAUGUGAUUUAAAUCAAAAUCUUGGAUAAAACAAUAAUGAAGGACACCGGCAAUCAUCGUGAAGAGAUCGGGCCAUCUCCCAAUAUGGGCAUUGCCGAGAUGGUCGAGAUAACUUCAUGUAAUAUAUUUUUUACUGGAUGUGCUGCAAUAAUGCGAUUGAUUUCAAUUGUCGUCAACUGGUAUCUAGUAUUCGAGUACUGGAAGUCGGAAUCGUAUGCCUAUAGUGCCUGGACACUUGCCUCCAUAUUGAUACCGAUGGUAAUCACAUCUAUUAUAUACUCACAUAUUGUAUCCACAGAUCAAACAGGUCAUGGUAGAAUUCUUUAUAGAGGCACUAUGUCAGAUAUAGUAUUAUCAUACUUAUUUCGUGAUGGUUAUACAUUAAACUAUGCAUUAAAUUAUACUCAAGCCAAAAAGCAAGAUAACAAGGAGGGUGAAAUAAGAUACUAUCAAAAGUAUGUUAAGGAAGAAUGCAAUGUCGGCUUUAUACGAUUGUUUGACUCAUUUUUGGAAACUGCUCCUCAAAAGAUAUUACAAUUGGUCAUUGUGCUGCGUUUUAUUAAGACAUUGACAUACUUUCGUGCCUUUACAUUUGUCAUAUAUUUUCUAAGUAUUGCCUGGUGCUUGGUGGCAUAUAAUCGCUCAAAUCGUUUGGUUCAACUGGACAAAUAUGAUAUUGGUACCAAUGGCCUUAUAGUUCAAUUCUUUUUUCUUCUAUGUUUAACUGUUUCCCGCACUUUAUGUAUUGCCUAUGUGGCCAGUAUUUAUCCAUUGGCUACAUUAGCCAUGUGUCUUUGCCAUAUUUUAGUCUGUGGCAGUAUUGUCUUUCUGGUCGAUGCACCAAAAUUGGCCAAUUCUGUGUUUAUGAAUUACCUUUGCUGCAUUACCUUUGGCGUUGUCUAUCUUUUUAUUUUUACUCCCGUUAAGGAUGCUCCAACCAAAUAUAAAUACAUUUACUAUUUAUCCUUUUGUUUAGUACAAAAUAUUACUGCCUGUAUAUUGUUUAUACCUUUGUAUAUAUCUAUUGCCAUUCUAGGAUUAUAUGUGAUUGGCAUUAUUCUAAUGAUAUUUUAUUAUCUAAUGUGUCAUCCGGGCAUCACAUCAACUUUAUAUUAAUGCAAUUAUAUCUAUUUUGAUAAGACUGUUUAUUGUAAAAAGCAUAUAUAUUUAUAUUCAAUUUUACUUUUGUUAGAGUGAAUUGAAUGUAUUGAACAACAACCAUUUAUACAACAAAAUCAAUACUCUUAUUUAAA